AUGAUCGACCACGUCCUCGGACGGCCUUCGGUCAAGUCGCGCCGACUCCAGGUGCUGGCCGUCCUGGCCUUCUGGUCGGCCUACAUUUUCAGAGGUCAUCCCCAUGGCCCUCCCUUCAUGCGCUUCCUCUCCAAGCUCACGACAAAACGACUUACAACAUGGCAGAUAGUCGUUGCCACCAUGCUCUACCUAUACGCUGCACGUAACUUCAGCACCCUACUCGGUCUCGCGAGUCCCGAGCCCAUGUCGAACAUGUACGAUGCCACCUACUUUCGUGCGACGUGGGUCUUGACUGCGCUUGACGCUGGUUUCUGGACGGCCAUGAAGAUCCGAGCCAAAUGGUUGCGCGACCUUGCCAGCAUUGUCUUCUCCGUGUUCUACAUGUUUGCCGCCGAGAAGGCCGACGAGAAGGUCCGGAAGGUCCGAGGUAUGCUUACUGUAGAGCACUUGCGGGUCUCCUGGAACAAAGGGACCACGCCGUACUUGCGCUUCUUCCAAGGUCUAAUGCGACCUCGCUUUUCCCGCUGGCCGCCCCGCGCGAUCCGCAUUCCGCGCCCAAACGGCAGUGAUUAUAAGGAGCCAGUAUCCGCAUGGCUCUACUUCGACGGCCCGCUGACGGACCUCGCGAGGCACAACCGAAUCAUCCUCGAUAUUCCUGGUGGAGGAUUUGUCGCUAUGGAUCCUCGAUGCAACGACGACAAGCUGUUUGCCUGGGCUGCGAAGACUGGACUUCCAGUGUUGAGUUUGGACUACAAGAAGGCCCCAGAGUUCCCGUACCCGUAUGCGCUCAACGAAUGCUUCGACGUCUACACCACCAUCAUCCGGAGCAAGGGAAGAUGCAUUGGCAUGUCCGGAAAAGAAACGCCUCGCGUCGUGCUCACAGGCGACAGUGCUGGAGGAAACUUGGCUACUUCUACGACGCUGAUGAUCAUUGAGCGAACGUCGGCCCCGAUGCGCCGUUACGUGAGCACUGGAGAUCUGCCCCUGCCUGAUGGAUUGGUGCUGUUCUACCCCGGUCUCGACAUGAACAUCGGCAACUGGAUGUCGGACGAGCAAAUGUCACUGAUGAAGGACAGGAAGAUGAGGGCUACGAACAAGUCUAUUAUAAGACGAAAGAGCAUGCAGUACAAUGACCUGGUUGGCACUCCACACCAGACCGACGACGAAGAGGAGAGUGCCUCCAAGCAAACGACGGAGCUGACGGCGAAGGAAGUUGAGAUUGCGUCUUCGCAGGCCCUUGCAAGUCCGCACCCGGAGUACUCGCACAGUGGCCCUCAGGCCUUGUCCAACACGCAAUUAUCGUCGCAGGAUGCCAAGCGCAAGCAGAGCACGUCGCAUCAUUCAGAGCCUCUACGAACACGUCUUGCCAUGUCCUCCAUGAUUUCUUACUUCAACGACCGCGUCCUCACUCCUGAGAUGAUGCGUGCCAUGAUCAUCUUGUACAUCGGCCCUCACAACCGCCCCGACUUCAGUCAGGAUUAUCUGCUCUCGCCUGUUCUGGCUCCGGAUUCUCUCCUGGCCCGUUUCCCCAAGGUCUACUUCCUAACCGGCGAGCGAGAUCCCCUGGUCGACGACACGGUCAUUUUCUCUGCCCGCAUACGCAAGGUUAAGGAGGCCAUGUUCGACCAGGCCCAAGCCGAGAGAUCCGACUUUGGCGACGGCUAUGAGCCUGUUUUCAACGCGAAGGACGUUGCUGUGGUGACGCUGAUACCAGGCAUCUCUCACGGUUUCCUCCAGUUCCCAACGGUGUACCCGCCAGCUUGGAAGCUCAUCGACAGAUCAGCCGAAUGGAUUCAGGAUAGUUUUGCUCACGCCGACGCCGUUCGAGAGCGUGAAAGUCGCGGUCGUCGCCGCGUGGGAGGACAGGCGACGAACGGCAACUCACAAGGAAGACAUCACACCCGCACCGAGUCGAGCGGCGAUGAGGACCGGCCUCUUGAGAUCAGCAUGACUAGAGCGAACCGAAGCAAGACAUUAACAAAAGAACCUCAGCCAAUGCAGGAAGGCGAGUCACUUGUCGAGAAGGUUGAGGCUAGCAACGGGAAGAAGAACGGUAGGGCCAGGGGCGCAAGUAAGAGCACAGGCGCGAGCCUGGUUAAGCUUAAGAGUACAGAUGAUCUACUUGGAAGGCGCAUGCAAGGCCUGGCUGGUGGGUUGACUGGCGUUGGUGGUGAGCAUGAUUGA